GUUAAAAAUUGCAAUUAUUGUUGUGAUUUUAGGGGUGGCUUUGAUUUUCACUUGUCUCCUCAUCCUGUGGUUUAGAAAGAAGAAAGAGCAGCAGCCAACAACAAUUUGUGAAGGAAAUCCGCUUUUACGGUUAUCGUACCAAAGCAUCUUAAGGGCUACUGAUGGAUUCUCAAUGCAGAAUUUGCUUGGUUCAGGAAGUUUUGGCUCUGUAUACAAAGGAAUUCUUGAAGAAAGUGGAGCAGUUAUUGCUGUAAAGGUGCUUAAUCUUCUGAAUCGUGGAGCUUCCAAGAGUUUCUUGGCUGAAUGUGAGUCAUUGAAGAACAUUCGACAUCGGAAUCUUGUCAAGAUAUUAACAGCCAUUUCAGGUGUCGAUUUCCAAGGUAAUGAUUUUAAAGCAUUGGUUUAUGAGUUCAUGGCAAAUGGAAGUUUGGAGGAGUGGUUACAUCCAUCUACCGAAAUGAAUGAAUCGGAGAUGAUGAGAAAUCUGAGCUUAUUUCAAAGAGUUGAUGUCGCCAUAGAUGUUGCUCAUGCACUGGAGUAUCUCCACCAUCACUGCGAGCUAUCCAUCAUUCACUGUGAUCUGAAGCCAAGCAAUAUUUUACUCGAUGAGGAAAUGGUUGGCCAUUUAAGUGACUUCGGCUUAGCAAAAAUUCUUUCUGCAGAUGGACCUAAUCAUUCUACUAAUCAGUCGAGCUCCCUUGGAUUAAGAGGAACAAUUGGCUAUGCUCCACCAGAAUAUGGCAUGGGAGGUGAGUUAUCGGCAAAAGGCGAUGUGUACAGCUAUGGCAUUCUUUUGCUAGAGAUGUUUACCAGAAAAAAGCCGACUCAUGAUAUUUUCAAAGAAGGUGUCAACAUUCACAACUUUGUCGCGGCAGCUUUGCCUGAUCGAGUGAUCGAGAUCAUAGAUCCCAUUCUUCUUCAAGAGAGAGCUAUUCAAGACACACUUGCAGAUGUCGCUCAUCUUCAGCACUUGAAUUCUAUAUUUGAAAUAGGACUCACUUGUUCUGCUGAAUCACCUACCGAGCGGAUGGAUAUGAGUGAUGUUGUUUCCAUGCUUUGUUCUAUCAGAGAAAAGCUUCUUCAUCCAACUCGCUUGCGUCGUGAGCACCAAACUUUAUAUGUUGCUCAAUCAGAGGGUAUACCAUAUAAUGUCUUCUUGAGUUGCAGUAAAUAUGUUGCAUUGUUCUUAACAAAAUGA